AUGUAAUCAGUAUAAAAAUUAGUGAUGUGAUAUUUCACUUUCACUGGUGCUGUCUUUGAAAUCUGGAGUGUAUUUACACUGGCUACUUCUAAAUGCUUAGCAGCCACGUGUGGCUGGGGCUCAUGUGUUGAACAGCGAAGCUCCAAGGGCUGCACUCUUGGGCUGAGGUGGUAGGAGCAGGGAGGGUGGGAAGGGAAGAUGAUGUACAAAAUAGCUGAAGUGCAAAGGGAGCAAGACAGGGUGGAAGUCUGACCAUCAAAGAGGGAAUGGAAGGAAUUUUUCCUUGGUUAUAAUUACAGUUCAGGUGAGUGGAUGAAGAACCAUGACUGUUUGAUCAUUGUCUUGGCUCGAAGUUCGGGAAAAGCACAGGGCUGGAAGCUGGCAAACUUGGAUUAACGCCCCCUCUUCGGCUUUCUACCUCUGUGACCUAGGGGAAGUCAUUUUGUCUUUCAGUUUACAUUUCUUUCUCUGUAAAAGGAAGGUAAUCAUACUUUCCCCCAAAGGUUGUCAUCAGAUUGGAUAUAAUAUAAAAAUACUAAAUGUCAGACAAAUGUGGUUAAAUUUGUUUAUCUCAUUGACUCAUCGAGUUUUCUAAAUUUUUUCAACAUGAAUCAUUUGUAUUAUAAUCCUUUGCCUUCUCCUACCUGCAGUUAAAAAUGAAAAUUGAAGUACAAUGUUGCCAAAACUCCAGUGAGGACACUGAUGUUGGAGGGUGGUGGGGGUUAGGAGUUUAGAGGAUAUAAGGUGAGUCAGGAAAAGGGGGGCAGAGGAAGGGGUCCAUGAGCCGUCGCCACUAGUGAACCUGCAACAUCUGAACAGAGCCCCCAGAGUCCCGGGAGUCGCCACCCACUCCGGCUAACUUUGCUGCUGUGGGCGUGCCUCAAAGCCAGCAGUUUAUGGCUCCCACCUGCUCAGUCGAAUAGAAAGCAGUGUCAUCUUCUCAAUCUUCCCACCCCACUGUCACUAAGGAAGGGAUUCCAGGAAACCCCAUCUCCCUGUGACCUCAUGACAUGUUCUGCUCCCCAACCCAGGAACCUGAAAGUCCAAGAGUGGAGAAAAGUCUGUCCAGGCCGCUGCUGGGAAAUGCUGGGUAAUUCGAGAUGCCUUGGAGUUUGGACCCACUUUGCUGAUGGGUGGUAGCCAGGGUUCUGGGAAACACAAGAGGUGGGGCCAGGUGGAUUCUCUGCCUGGACAUUACUGCCUUCCUUUCUCUUGGCCUCCUAUUCUUUUCCCUCUGUGACUCAUGUGAAAGUGACUCAGUUUCAGAGAAAGAAAAUUUAUGUGGCCUGAGGCAGAGGUCUGAGUGAAAGAGCUGGGAAAGGCACUGAGAUGCCCUCAACUUCCUCCCACAAGGGGGUUGCCUGUCUUGCCUGCAAGGGACCCCUGGAGGAUGCAGUGACCACCUGUGGACACACCUUCUGCCGGCUGUGCCUCCCUCCACCCUCCCACAGGGGGGCCCAGCCUUCCAGCAGGGUUCUGCUCUGUCCCCUUUGUAAGGAGAAAGAGAAGACUGAGAUCCUCAUGGCCCCCGUGCCCCUGGGCCCUCUGGGGGAGACGUACUGCAAGGAACAUGGUGAGAAGAUUUACUUCUUCUGUGAGAAUGAUGCCGAGUUCCUCUGUGUGUUCUGCCGAGAAGGUCCCACCCACCAAGCCCACACCGUGGGCUUCCUUGAAGAUGCCAUUCAGCCCUACCGGAAUCGUCUCAGGAGUCGAUUGGAAGCUCUGAGCAUGGAGAGGGAUGAGAUUGAGGACAUAAAGAGUCGGGAAGACCAGAAGAUCCAAGUGCUUCUGACUCGGAUUGAAAGCAAGAAGCAGCAAGUAGAAGCAGCCUUUGAGAAGUUGCAGCAGGAGCUGAGGAAACAGCAUUGUCUCCUGCUGGCCAGGCUGACUGAGCUGGAGCGGCAAAUCUGGAAGGAGAGGGACGAGUACAUCUCAAAGGUUACUGAGGAGGUCACCUGGCUUGGAGUCCAGGUCAAGGAGCUGGAGGAGAAGUGUCAGCAGCCAGCAAGUGAACUUCUACAAGAUGUCAGAGUCAACCAGAGCAGGUGUGAGAUGAAGACUUUUGUGAGUCCCGAGGCCAUUUCUCCUGACCUUGUAAAGAAUAUCCGUGAUCUCCACAGGAAAAUAGUUAUCCUCCCAGAAAUGAUGGGUACCUUCUCAGAAAACUUGGUGCGUCAUCUGGAAACAGAUUCAGGGGUCGUCAUCCUGGACCCUCAGACCGCCAGCCGGAGUCUGGUGCUCUCCGAGGACAGGAAGUCAAUUAGGUACACCCGGCAGAAGCAGAACCUGCCCAACAGCCCCCUGCGCUUCGAGAGCCUCCCGGCAGUGCUGGGCUCCGCGGGCUUCUCCUCCGGACGCCACCGCUGGCAAGUGGAGGUGCAGCUGGGAGAGCGCGGCGGCUGCAUGGUGGGGGUAGCGGGGGAGGGGGUGAAGAAGAGGGGAGAACAGGGCCUGAGCACCGACGAGGGAGUCUGGGCCGUGAUCUUCUCUCACCAGCAGUGCUGGGCCAGCACCUCCCCGGGCACCGACCUGCCGCUGAACAACAUUCCGCGCAGCAUGGCGGUCGCCCUGGACUACGAGGCGGGGCAGGUGACCCUGCUCAACGCUUAGACCCAUGCAACCAUCUUCACCUUUACCGCCUCCUUCUCCGGCAAAGUCUUUCCUUUCUUCGCCGUCUGGAAAAAAGGUUCCUGCCUUACUUUGAAAGGCUAA